UAGAGCGAGGAAGGGUUUCCCCGAAAUCAGGGAACGAGCGGGAAAUGGCGAUCGACUCCGGCGGCGGCGGCUGCGGCGGCCGCAGCGGAGCGAAGAGGCAAAGAGUGGAUGAGCAAGGGGACCGAUGCGAAGCGGUGGACGAGGAUGCGGUACCGGUGGACCGCAUCUCGGCGCUGCCGGACGAGCUGCGGCAGCGCAUCCUGACGCACCUCCCGCUCAAGGACGCCAUCCGCACGGGGGCGGUCGCGCGCGGAUGGCGCGACCUGUGGAAGGGCCGGUGGGAGCACCGCGCCUCCCUCGAGGUCCACCUCAGAUCCCGCGACGACCCGCGGAGGGAGCUCGACGCGCUGGCGCGCGAGCCGCGCCCGCGCCGCCACCUCGACCGCUUCUCCCUCGUCGUCGAUACCUGCAAGCUCAAGUCCUCGGAGCUCCGGCGCUUCAUCGAAUACGCCGCCGAGUGCCGCGUCGAGGACCUGCACGUCGAGACGCGGAGGAGAACGCUCAAGGGCAAGCUCAACUUCCACCUGCCGCUGUCCAGCCCGCUCCUCGCGCGCCUCUCGCUCCGCCGCAUCGGCAUAUCCAACAUGUACUACAAGGGCGCCCAGCCGUUCCGCGCUCUCGAAGUCAUUCGGCUCCACUCAGUCUCAAUUGGCCAUGCGCCUUUCACGAAAAUGAUGGCGCUGUGCCCCAACCUCCUCACUCUCGACCUGCGCCACUGCAAAUGUGGCGACUUUUUCUACUCGGUGGCCAUGCCGCCGAACCUGAGGAGUCUCACCGUCACGUACUGUGAUGGGAUCGCCAGUGUGAACUUUGAGCUUGUUCCUAGCUUGCGCUCCUUCCGCUACUACGGUGACUUCGGCGAAGCGCCCUUUUCAUCCCUUCCACUGGACACUGUGCUUUCUGAUCUUGAUAUUUGGUUUACUCGCUCAGUAUCAAAUCAGUACAUUAUCAAGAAGUUCUAUAAUUCUCUCCCGAAGGAUUUAUCGGGCCUCAACAUCCUCACCAUCAAUUACAAUGCCCUCCCGGUUGUAUCUUCCAUGCCCAGUCUCAACUUACACAGUUUGAGAGAACUACAGCUACUCAUGUUCGAAAUGGAAGCUGCCAACCUAGCUGACCUCUAUUUGUUCCUCAAGACCUGCCAAUGUCCGAAUCUGGAGAGGCUCUUUGUGCAGUUCCUGGGAUUUAAUUAUAAGUCCAUGGAAGGUUCUACUGAUGAGGUGACAGAAGAGCCACGGGAGGAUGGCUUAGACAACCUUUUGAUGGUAAAGUUCAUGAACUUCAACUGGUGCCGUGCUGGGGUGCAGCUAGUGAGUUUUUUGUUGAGGAAAGCUAGUUCCCUGCAUAAGCUGUUAAUAGUCUCUCCCUGUGUCACUCCGCUGGAUUUGCCUGAUGUACAAGAAGCCAACCUUUUGCUUGUCAAAGAAGCUUUGGCCAAUGGCAAGAUAAUGCUGAGUAAGUCUGAUGAUGCUGCAACUCAACCAUACCAUUCUGAGCACCCUUUUUGAGUGACUAGUCGAGUCAGAGCCCUACGCAUAGUAAUAUCAACAUAUCAGACCAUUAUUAUGAAGAAACCUAUAUGCUCCUUAAUUCAUUUUCUUGAACAUUACUACUGACAAAGUAUUUAAAUGGUAUCUUUGUACAUGCUUA